AUGUCGUCGCCAAAUCCAGUUUCGACCCUGUCGGCCAAAAUGAAACAGCUUACCAUUCGGCGGCAAGAGAAUGGCAGGUUGACGACCGACGCCGAAGAUUGUGAAAGUCGGCUCGCCCUGGCAAUGGUCUGUCUGUUAAGGGAAGAGGACACUGUGUCUGAUCUUCUAGCCAAACGGCGGAGGAUCAGAGCCAUGGAUGGCAGCACUAGCUAUGCGGAGACUCUAAUGAUUGCAUCAGAGUACAAGAACGCCCUCAACAGCAUUGUUGCCUCCGAAAGGGACCAGGAGAAAGUUAAAAAGACUAUUGGUGGACGCACGCCACUUUCCUGUGCUGCAGAGGGUGGUAACGCGAAGAUAGUUCGCAUGUUGUUGGAGAACGGCGAGGACGUGAACGAGACGGAUGCGGAUGGUAGCAGGUUCGUCCCGCUGCAUUGGGCCGCCUACGACGAGAACUUGGAGGCAUUAGAGCUUUUGUUGAAGCAUCAAGCCAAUCUUGAAGCAGUCAAUGCUGACGGGCAUACGCCGCUUGCUCUCGCAGCCCAGACCUAUCAAGUGGCGGCAGUCAACCUGCUGCUCGAAAAGUACAAUCCCAACGUCAAUCCGAUAGAUGCUCGUGGGUUCACGCCGCUAUUUACACUCGUUAAGACAAAGCCCAAAAAUUCAUGGGAAGCUGAGGCGCGGCAGAAAAUCAUGAGGCGUCUCAUCGAAGGAGGAGCGGACGUGGAGGCCCGAAAAGGAUCAUAUGGCCCUACUGCUUUGCAUAGCGCUGCAUUUGGCUGUUGCUUUGAGAGUGCAGCCAUGUUGCUGGAGAAUGGAGCUGACGUCAAUGUCAGUACUCGUGAAGGAUUGACACCCCUAGCCUGCGCCGCAAUAAAAGGCAACCUGGAAAUUGUGAAAUUAUUUAUGGACCACAACGCGAAAGUUGAUACGCCGGGCGUGUUAAACACGACACCUUUGGAGAUGGUAAUAUUGGCUCAACACGAAUUUCAAAACAAGGCUGGAAAUACGUUCUGGCCACAUAUCCUCGAGCUUUUCCUGCAACGCAAGCCCGACUUACUCCUGCAAAAGUCCGAGCGUAACAAUUUCUUGAAAGGGACUACCAUCACGGGAAUGGCUAUCUGUCAGGGUACUCCGGAAAUGGUGAAGAUAUUAUUACGCUAUCCGGGCAGCGAUGUCGAGCAAGGCGUCCUCCGUAUGCCUCUUCUGUGUUGGGCUGCGUUCCAGGGCAAAGCGGACAUGGUCGCAAUGCUGAUAGAGCAGGGUACUUCCCUUCAGGGGGUUGACGGCCGCUACGGACGAAACGCGCUUUCCUGGGCGGUCAUUAAGGGCCGCCAAGGUGUGUUCACCCAAUUACUACACACUCCCGGUGUCGGAUUGGAUGACGUUGAUCAACAAGGUCGGUCGGCGCUCUUCCACGCGGCAGUCGCUGGUCAUGAAGACAUGUUCGAAGAACUUAGAUCCCGGGGCUGCGCCGUGCAUCGUCCUGACCACUCCCCUAGUUGUAGCGGUUCAGCACGGACGGGAGAAUGUCAUUCGGAAGAUCCUUGA